AUGAUAGUGACUCAAUGUGGGCUGAAGUCGGCAUCUGGGACCCUGCAGAACAAGAACAGCAGCUGCUUCGCGGAGUGGAUCCCCAACAACGUGAAGACGGCCGUGUGCGACAUCCCGCCGCGCGGCCUCAAGACGGCCGUCACCUUCAUCGGCAACAGCACCGCCAUCCAGGAGAUGUUCAGGCACAUCUCGGAGCAGUUCACCGCCAUGUUCCGCCGCACGGCCUUCCUGCACUGGUUCACCGACGAGGGCACGGACCAGAUGGAGUUCACGGAGGCGGAGAGCACCAUGAACGACCUGGUGUCCGAGUACCAGCAGUGCGGAGGAGGUGGAGGAGGAGGCCUGAAGCCCCACCCCCACAACCACUCCAACCCCCGGCAACCAUGUGAAGAGAUGGAGGAGCUAGACUAAAUAUCUACUCAG